AUGGCAACAGGCUACACCUGUGCCCAGUGCCUUCAGGUACUCCGCAAAGGCGUGCGGGUAUCAACCCAUACGCCCGCUCGCCUCCAAAGCCUAGCCCACGUCCGCCGAAGAUGCGCCAUCAGCCCAUCGUGGACUCGCAGCUUUGGCUCGGAGCGCAACAACCGCCCACUCGGCGGAAACACCUCUGAGCAGCUCAAGGGUAGCGUUACGGCAAAGUCUCAAUCUCAAUCUCCUACCACCCUGUCGCAGAAAGCCUCCGCCUCAACCUCCACCGGCCCCUCCGUCGACACGCGAGCCUUGCUAAAACCCGACAAUCUAUUCCACUCCUUCUCGAACUCGCCCUCGCCAGCAAUUCGCCAGCGAGCCGCAUUCAUCAAACAAAAUGCUUUCUGCCCUCACCCAGACCAUGCACAAACCCGUGCCCCCGUCUCGCCUCACGAUCCCGAAUCGCGAAAGACUCAGACUGUGGACGCAACUGCCGGUGGAAGCAGUUUACCCCCAGCUCACUCGCACUUCGAGUGCCCGGACUGCGGUGUACCGGUCUACUGCUCCGAGGGACACUGGAUGGAUGACUUCGAAGCUCAUCUGGAGAUUUGUGACACGCUUCGACAAAUCAAUGAGGACGAUCAUGAUCUUCAGUCUGGUCGCUUCUUCCCGGAAUUCAAUUACCCCGGUGUUCAGGAUGAUAAUUUCGUGGUUAACAUGACUAAUUGGGAUACCCUCAUGUAUACUCGGGAAUUUGACGCUGUUAAUGAUGAUCGCUCUAUGCGUCAGGUUACGCGCAUGCUUACUUACCCGCAGACUAUUGCUAGUGUUUUGCAUGAGCUUAGUCCGUACAGUAUUCGGGGGAAGGAUCGUUUGACGCCUGAGGGGUUGAAGAGUGUUUCUGCCCUCCGCUACUCCCUCCACCCACCCCGAACCGGCGAAGACAUCGACCUAAAAGGCCUCCGCCUCAAAGCCCCCCCCAGUCCGAAUCUUCAUCCUCGGCGCACGAGCCGAAUCCUCCCUCCCGCGCGACGUCUGGCUACAACUCCAAUACAUAGAGCAUGUCAAACCGAGACGCAGAAUUCCCUCUCUCCCGAACGAACGCCCGAAAACCCAUUCGGCGGUAUCGUCGAGGAUCGUCUCGGCGGCCAGAUGAAGAUAACUACCUACGUCGAUUACUUCCACACUAUGUAUCAGGCGCAGUAUUUCCAGCCCUUCGAUCCUUAUCUUGAUGUCUUUAUGCUGUUCCAUCCUGGUCUUGGACACCCUGCCAGUUCGCAUGAGUGGGAGGAGACGCUGCCUCAGUUACUUGAGACGAAGGUUCCUAUUCUUUGUACCGGUUAUACGCAGUGGGAUAUGGAGAGAGAUAUCAAGUGGGUGGGUGAGAAGUGUAAGGGCGAGUUUGAUAUGUUGCUUGAACCUGGGGAGAAUAUUUUUAGAAGUUUGAGGUGGGAUUUGAAUGAUAUGGAUCCUCAUGAUAUUUCGUGCGGAAAUUGGGGAUUGUGGGGAUUCCGUGGGAAGAGAUACGAGGCUGCGAUGAGUGACAAGGAGUAA